UGAUGGAGGGCUGUCAAACUGGACAUCGUGGUCAAUCGUACCCUGCCCUGUCACAUGUGGAGCAGAUGCCAUGACAAACCAGAGCAGACGUAGGGAUUGUAACGCCCCUGCUCCGGAAGCCGGUGGCAAGAACUGCACGGGUCCACUGACGGAAACCAGUCAGACACACUGCAAUGUUCCUCCAUGUAGUGGCGACGACAAUGUGACCGAGUGGAGCCAAUGGAGUGCUGCAGCAUGCACAGCCACCUGUGGUCCAGGCCAAGAGGGAAGCGUGAAAAGAAGCAGAAGUUGUAUUACGCCGGCCAAUAAUAUCAGCUGUACAGCCGAACUAAUAGAAACCCAAAUGGGAAACUGUGACCUCCCUAAAUGUCCAGUUGAUGGAGGGCUGUCAAACUGGACAUCGUGGUCAAUCGUACCCUGCCCUGUCACAUGUGGAGCAGAUGCCAUGACAAACCAGAGCAGACGUAGGGAUUGUAACGCCCCUGCUCCGGAAGCCGGUGGCAAGAACUGCACGGGUCCACUGACGGAAACCAGUCAGACACACUGCAAUGUUCCUCCAUGUAGUGGCGACGACAAUGUGACCGAGUGGAGCCAAUGGAGUGCUGCAGCAUGCACAGCCACCUGUGGUCCAGGCCAAGAGGGAAGCGUGAAAAGAAGCAGAAGUUGUAUUACGCCGGCCAAUAAUAUCAGCUGUACAGCCGAACUAAUAGAAACCCAAAUGGGAAACUGUGACCUCCCUAAAUGUCCAGUUGAUGGAGGGCUGUCAAACUGGACAUCGUGGUCAAUCGUACCCUGCCCUGUCACAUGUGGAGCAGAUGCCAUGACAAACCAGAGCAGACGUAGGGAUUGUAACGCCCCUGCUCCGGAAGCCGGUGGCAAGAACUGCACGGGUCCACUGACGGAAACCAGUCAGACACACUGCAAUGUUCCUCCAUGUAGUGGCGACGACAAUGUGACCGAGUGGAGCCAAUGGAGUGCUGCAGCAUGCACAGCCACCUGUGGUCCAGGCCAAGAGGGAAGCGUGAAAAGAAGCAGAAGUUGUAUUACGCCGGCCAAUAAUAUCAGCUGUACAGCCGAACUAAUAGAAACCCAAAUGGGAAACUGUGACCUCCCUAAAUGUCCAGUUGAUGGAGGGCUGUCAAACUGGACAUCGUGGUCAAUCGUACCCUGCCCUGUCACAUGUGGAGCAGAUGCCAUGACAAACCAGAGCAGACGUAGGGAUUGUAACGCCCCUGCUCCGGAAGCCGGUGGCAAGAACUGCACGGGUCCACUGACGGAAACCAGUCAGACACACUGCAAUGUUCCUCCAUGUAGUGGCGACGACAAUGUGACCGAGUGGAGCCAAUGGAGUGCUGCAGCAUGCACAGCCACCUGUGGUCCAGGCCAAGAGGGAAGCGUGAAAAGAAGCAGAAGUUGUAUUACGCCGGCCAAUAAUAUCAGCUGUACAGCCGAACUAAUAGAAACCCAAAUGGGAAACUGUGACCUCCCUAAAUGUCCAGUUGAUGGAGGGCUGUCAAACUGGACAUCGUGGUCAAUCGUACCCUGCCCUGUCACAUGUGGAGCAGAUGCCAUGACAAACCAGAGCAGACGUAGGGAUUGUAACGCCCCUGCUCCGGAAGCCGGUGGCAAGAACUGCACGGGUCCACUGACGGAAACCAGUCAGACACACUGCAAUGUUCCUCCAUGUAGUGGCGACGACAAUGUGACCGAGUGGAGCCAAUGGAGUGCUGCAGCAUGCACAGCCACCUGUGGUCCAGGCCAAGAGGGAAGCGUGAAAAGAAGCAGAAGUUGUAUUACGCCGGCCAAUAAUAUCAGCUGUACAGCCGAACUAAUAGAAACCCAAAUGGGAAACUGUGACCUCCCUAAAUGUCCAGUUGAUGGAGGGCUGUCAAACUGGACAUCGUGGUCAAUCGUACCCUGCCCUGUCACAUGUGGAGCAGAUGCCAUGACAAACCAGAGCAGACGUAGGGAUUGUAACAACCCUGCUCCGGAAGCCGGUGGCAAGAACUGCACGGGUCCACUGACGGAAACCAGUCAGACACACUGCAAUGUUCCUCCAUGUAGUGGCGACGACAAUGUGACCGAGUGGAGCCAAUGGAGUGCUGCAGCAUGCACAGCCACCUGUGGUCCAGGCCAAGAGGGAAGCGUGAAAAGAAGCAGAAGUUGUAUUACGCCGGCCAAUAAUAUCAGCUGUACAGCCGAACUAAUAGAAACCCAAAUGGGAAACUGUGACCUCCCUAAAUGUCCAGUUGAUGGAGGGCUGUCAAACUGGACAUCGUGGUCAAUCGUACCCUGCCCUGUCACAUGUGGAGCAGAUGCCAUGACAAACCAGAGCAGACGUAGGGAUUGUAACGCCCCUGCUCCGGAAGCCGGUGGCAAGAACUGCACGGGUCCACUGACGGAAACCAGUCAGACACACUGCAAUGUUCCUCCAUGUAGUGGCGACGACAAUGUGACCGAGUGGAGCCAAUGGAGUGCUGCAGCAUGCACAGCCACCUGUGGUCCAGGCCAAGAGGGAAGCGUGAAAAGAAGCAGAAGUUGUAUUACGCCGGCCAAUAAUAUCAGCUGUACAGCCGAACUAAUAGAAACCCAAAUGGGAAACUGUGACCUCCCUAAAUGUCCAGGUAAAUGUGUAGCCAUGUGUAACUGUAUCACUUUCAUGUACUGCAGUAUAUAAAAUGUAGCAACCCUACCCU